AUAUAAGUGCCGUGCAUCGUUACAGAUACAAUCGUGACGGAUCGUGAAGAGCCAAUAAAUUAUGUCGAGAGAAGUCGCGAGGGUCGGUUGUAUACAGUGUCUUGGCGCUUAACUCGGUGUGACUGUCUUGCAUCGCGGCUUUCGGGCGACCCUUUCCGCUUCCAUCGUCUUUACCGCGCAACAACAUUUUGGAAUUUACGCCAACCACUGACUGUCGCUCAUCCAACCCCCACGAAACGACCUUCUCCGACUAAACAGUAACAGCGCGAGUGCGCCCACAACAUCAAAAUGGGUGGCGAUUUGAACUUGAAGAAGUCAUGGCAUCCCGUGCUCAUGUCCAACCAGAAGCGCGUCUGGGAGGAAGAAAAGAAGGCACUGGAUGAGCGCAAGAAGAUCGAUCAAGUGCUCAAGGAGCGCGCCGAAGAACGUCAGAUCCAAGAACUACAACAGAUGCAAGAGGCCGCUGGCGGCAGGAAACGCGUCGACAGAGUGGACUGGAUGUAUGGUGGUCCCGCCGAUGGACAAAAGGGAACAACGGAAGAGAUGGAGGGGUACUUGCUCGGAAAGAGAAGACUGGAUGGACUUGUCAAGAGGGAUGCUACAGAGGCCAUGCAAAAGGCUGCCGCUAUUGGUCCCUCGGCCCUGGAGAUCGCAAAUAAGCAGAAGGACACAGCGACCAAGGUGCGCAACGACCCUAUGCUGGCCAUCAAACAACAAGAACAAGCUGCUCUGGAAGCCAUGAUGAGCGAUCCAACAAAACGCCGAGCUCUACUCAAGGCUGUCGGCAAGGACGAAGACGACACAAAGCGUAGCCAUCGCAAACACCGACACAGAGACGAUGAACACCGCAGCAAGCGUAGACGUCACGACAGCCAUUACAGCGACGACGAGAGACGUUCAUCCCACAAACAUCGGUCGGAUCGUCGUCGCUCGCCUUCAUACUCCCGAUCACGGUCGCCCGAACGCAGGAGAAGAGAUGACAGAAGGGAUGAUAGACGUUCCUCCCGAUCACGAUCAACAGAGCGUAGGAGAAGAGACGACAGGCACGACGAUAGAAGGUCUGACCGACGCGACGGUAAAAGGGACGACCGUCGUGAUGAUAGAAGAGACGACCGCCGUUCAUCUUACAAACGCGACUCCUAUCGACGCAAUAGCGUCUCUCGCUCUCCCGUACGAAAGACAGAACGCAGAUCAUCCUCGCCUAGACGUCGCGCAUCGCCAAAUUACGAACCAUACAGCGAUCGUGGCCACAGAUCCUCAAGGAAUGACAACAACCGCGGUCCUAGACCCAGAGAUGACGACCCCACAAGGCGCGAACGUCCAGCGUCCCCAGACCGUGAAGCAGAGCGUUUAGCCAAACUGGCAGCCAUGCAGUCCAACGCCACAGAGCUAGAAACAGAUCGUAAGAAGCGUCUUGCAGAGUUGGAGGAACGCGACCGCAAGCAGAAAGAAGAAGACGACCGAAAGCGAAGCGAGAAAGGCAAAUUUGUUGGUCAGAUACGAAGCCAGGCUGAUAUGGGAGAAGGUGGGGGUCUUGGUGCUAGGCUGGCUGGUAGGACAGGGUUGCAGAGGUUGGCUGGCGAUGAAUAGAUCGCAUUGGUAAAUGGCAUAUAACGAAGCAUAACUCACAUCUUCAUAGGAUCAUCUUCUCCAUGUUUCAGGAAGCAGUCGAUAUAGUCGCAAUAGGGUACCGCAACACCGGCCGAACAUUAGAAUGACAGCCUCAAGCCAUGUCCUUGCCUGCCCUCUCUCUCACCGACUUCAUGUCUCGAGAAACACUCUUAUUGCUUCCUUCCCAUACAUCACUAAGGUAGUUAUGAAACAAUCGGAAGCACUGCUACCAUGUCUCCCCGC